AUGGCUCGCUUGACAGCGCUUUUUGUGGCUUUUUCCGCGGUUGCUCUCCAUGUUAACGGGUUGCCCCUCACCAAGCGCGUCGCCCAAGUGAUCUCCGACUCGACCACGAAGUGGGAGGCUGCUUGUGAUACCGCAGGAGGUGGCUCGCAGUGCAACGUGAUCGCUGUCAAUUCAUUCUCGACUCUCUUGGCCGCGCCAGGACCCUGCGCACAGCAGAAUGCCGCCGACACCAUGGUCAGCCUCGCUAAGCAGCUCAACAGUAACGAGAUGAUCACGCUCGCCCAAGUUUUCGCACAACAGCCGCGCAACAGCCCCUCGUCCCAAGCAGUGCCCUACUGCCAGCAGGCCCCGAACAACACCGAGCUGAACGGUCUCUACCAGUGCCAAUUCCAGAGCGUCAACGAGCAGACAUUCGUCGGUGGCCUCGCGGUCGGAUCUGCAGGCACGAUCCCCUUCGGGCUCUCAGCCCCAGUGUCUCCCGCCGGCUCGUGCCCUGCGAACCCCUCCGGCACCAUCCCGGAUGGACAGCAGCUCGUCGACAUCACGCAAAACCCAGGCGUCGGCAGCUCGGGCAGCGGUUCCAGCAACGCCACCGCGAAUGCGAGUGCAGCCGCAUCGUCUGCUGCCUCCGCAUCUGCGACCGUCGCCGCUGUGUCUUCAUCUGCGCCCGUGUCCGCAUCUGCCCCCGCAUCCGCUACUGCUGGCUCUGGGUCUUGUGUGGCGCCUUCUGUUGCAUCUUCCGUUGUAACCCCGGUGGCUUCUUCCUCAGCCGCGGGUAUGAUGGCCAGCGCGUCGGCAACUGCGUCCGCAAGCAGUGGCAACAGCAGCAGCAGUAGCUUCCAGCAGGCGAACGGACAGGCCGCACAGGCCCUGAACGCCCAGUUCGCGAGCCUGACCGCAAACUCGACUUGCAACGCUGGCGACAACGCGUGCAUCAGCAGCGGCUUCGCACAAUGUGUAAACGGCCAGUACGUGAACCUGGGAUGCGCUAGCGGGCUGCAGUGCUUCGCGCUCCCGCUCGUCAACAAGCAGGGCACGUCGAUCGCGUGCACGACCCAGGCUGACGCGCUCGCGCGCAUCCAGGCGACGGGCGCGCAGGGCGGCGUCACCGGCAACUGA